AUGACGUUUUUCAAAAGACUCACAGAGUUCCUCUUCUUCACCCCUGAACUUUCCGCUCAGGGUAGACUGGCAACACAGCUAUUUGCCGAGAAACCCAGUGGCAUGUCUUUUACAGGGUCUUGCAACACCGCUAACAAUCGUGAAUGUUGGUCUGAGAGAUUCAACAUCACCACUGACUACGAACAGCAUGUGCCUGGUGGAAUAGAGAGAGAGUUUUACCUAGAGGUCGACAACCAUGAAAUUGCCCCUGAUGGGUACCUUGUUCAACGCAUGUUGUUCAAUGGAACUUAUCCUGGUCCUACGCUUGAGGGGAAUUGGGGAGAUACCUUUAAUGCGGAUGGACUGGUGCAACUCGAGUACAUGAGUCGACCUCCUGCUCCCGAUAGCAUGUUAAUGAACGGUAACGGAAGAUACUACUGCUGUCCAGUUGGUGCGGGCUGUAAUUCAGACUUGAAGUGCGUUGGCGGAUCCAACAUUACCACAUUUAACUUCAAGCGAGGGAGUUCUUACAAGAUGAGCCUUGUCAGCACCGGCACCUCGACCCAUACGACUUUCUGGAUCGAUCAUCACAAUUUCACGGUUGUAGGUACUGACUUUGUCCCAAUCAAACCAUACACAGCAUCCAUCAUCAACAUUGCCAUUGGCCAGCGUUACGACAUCAUCAUCAACGCCAAUGCAAGCAAGAAUACCCGGACGGACUUCUGGAUUCAUGCUCGUGAUUGUCAAAUUGGAGGUGCCCGAUCGAAUCUUGGCAUUAUCCGCUAUGAUCCUACGUCAACAAGAUUACCUUGGACACCUCCAGUAGACGACCGCCACGUUUGUUAUGGAUGCCUCGAUGAGUCUCCCAAAGAUCUGAAACCGAUAGUCCCACGGAUGGUCAAGAACGCAGCCAAUGAAGGUUUCGAGAAGGACUCGCUGAAGGUGCACCUGGUCGGAUUCCCUAACGACUUUGAUCCCGAUGCAACGCUCCACAAGUGGGUUCUUAAAGACUCUUCGCUUUAUCUAGACUGGUCGCAACCCAGUUUGAGUCUAGUCAAAAUUGCAUCUGACCAAGGCUGGGAGAAUCCCAAAUUUCCCAAAGGUUACGAGCCUGUGGAUCUUCGGUCUUACAAGGAGAAUAGCUGGGUGUAUUUCCUUAUCGAGGGCAAAUUCCAAGAGUCUGUCGACAACGCAACGCACAAAAUCUACAAAACACAAGCACCAGUAGCACAUCCUAUGCAUAUACACGGACACGAUUUCGUUAUUCUCGAUUCUGGAACUACCGAGUUCGACCCAAAGAACUACACUAUUAACCGCGAUGACCCGCCCCGCCGUGACGUGGCAUUACUUCCAGUCAAUGGGUAUCUGAUCAUUGCUUUCCAAAGUAGGCAGUCCGGACUCAUUCUUCACUUGCAUAAUAGUAUCUAA